AUGCCCGCGUUUACCGACCACUACAAGAAUCCUCGUCAAUACCGCAAUACCCCCUCCUCGUCCUUACCUUCUAAACCACUCCCUAUUACUGCGCCCGCACCUGGAGCCUCAGCACUUGGAGGAGGAAACGCGUUUGGUUCUUCGAGAGCUAGAAUUUAUCCUAGAGAAUACAAUAGUCGUCACACUGCACCAAGAUCUCCACAUCUCUCCAACACAGCUUCUCCACUCCUCUCCGCAUUACCAAACGCAACAGACCUCUUUCCACGGUCUAUCCCAUUUGCAUCGUUCUUGUCUAGUUCAACACCCUCUACAAACGGCCCCAAUAGUCUUGGAUCAGCUUCGGGCGGCGUCGGUCUAGGCGUCGGUGUUUCUCCUCCUCCAAGUGGACCUGCUUCAUAUUCAUCGGGUGGGAAUUAUAGCGGUAGUAACGGGAACCCUCGACAAAUCCGCGGGUAUCCAGGUUUUGAAGAGCAAUUUACAAACCACAGCGCUCCGGGAAGUAAUGGUUACUACAACCCAAGCCAACGAUAUGCUGUGCAGGGUUCACCAAUCCCAUUGAGCCCGCAAUUUGGGGGAUUACAGCCGCAGUUACAGCCGGGGGAGGGAAACUACGCUUGUAGUUUUGAUACUUUAGAUGAACCUUUCGGAGGUCAUGCAGGUGCUACAACAGGCAAUGGCGGAGGCAGCGGCGGAGGCGAUAAUGUACUCUGUCUUGGUUGGGAAGGUGGUGUCGAUGUUUGGAAGGUUGGAAGAGGUGUUUUGGAACAGGUUGGCAGAUUGGAGGGACUCGGAGGUGGGGUGAAGAGUGCUAAGAUUUUACCUACCCCGCCUCGAAAUGAUCCUCUUGCAGCCCAUAGACCUUUGAUAUGCCUCACGAUACAUUCUUCUGUGGUGCCCAUUGAAUCAGACCCACCCAUAGUACAGGAAACAGAAACCCCGUACUCGACAUCUCCACCCUCUCGUCCUUCAACUUCUGCAUCUAACAGAAGUGGACAUCAUUCGCCAGCGAAUGCAACGGAUUGGCAGACCAGAGUUGAAAUUUGGAGUUUAUCUUCAAGGAAGAAGAUCGCUAGUCUGUUUACCAGUCCAGUAGUUCCUAGCGCCGAUUUCGGCUUUGGUAUUGGUGGACCACCACCACCAUGGGGUGGAUUGCGGGUGGAGGUGACUGGCACAAAAGUAGUUGUAGGUGUCGGGAUCAGUGGAGAAUUGUACAUUUUUGGCCUUGAAGAUGGAGUUCUCAGAAAAGGAAGCAAAGAACAAGCUGAAUGGAGGUGUCUUGGAAAGGUGUGGACAUGUGUGCAAACAAACCACCAGGGCAGCUUUUCCGUCGAUAGUGGUAUUGCAGGGAAUGGCUUUGUUGACGGAACGCCGGUGUUUUCUAUUUCUAAUGGGUGGUUAGCGUACUGCCCUGCAUCCGCGGGAUCUUCUGUUCACGCCGGAGGUGAAGUCGAUGCAGCUUGCAAUUCUCCAUCUGUAACAUCUCAGUGCCCCCCAAUCCAGCCUUCCCUCACAGUCGCCGUUUCUGCCGAAGAUGAGGCCCUCCUCAACCGGUUUACUCGAGAAGUUACUCAAGAGUUUAUACGUGGUGCCAAGUGGGCGACCGAGACCGGGAAGAAAGCACUGCAAAGUUAUUGGAAUGGAAACCAGAACAAUGGCGCUCCUCCGCCUCCGGCACCCCCGUUACCAAUAGCUGGCAUCAAUGGAGGAAUGUACGGGAUGCCUAAUGGAAGUAUGAUAAGUUUUCAAGGGAAUUCCCAACCGAGUGGAUUAGGCCAGCAAUUGCGGCAAAUGCAGCAGAUGGGCGGAACCCCGCCGCAAACCCAGUUCUUUCAAAAUACGGCCCAGCAGCCUACAAACGAACCAAGGCUUGUUGGUAUCCUAGAUUUAAACAAGAUCUUGCAUGGAGAUGGUGGCUCUGGGACUCAACAGGGAAGUAUUACGCCAAUGGCGACCUUUCUGCCUCAAGGAGGCGUCAGCUAUCUGAGCUUCGCACCGGGAGGCCUAGCUCUGUUGACUGCAAGUACGAAGGGAGAUUCCUUGUUUGUUUGGGAUCUUAUGAGAGCUAUACAUCACCCGCCUGGAAAUCCAUCACUAGGUCAUAAGACAAGUGCGUCUCUCGGGGGUGGGUCGGAUGCUGCUAAGAUGACAGGGUCUACAAUUGGAGCUCCAGACCCAGCUGCAUUAGGGAAACAUGUCAGACAAAUAGCAAGGUUCAACCGGUUGACAGUUGCGACGAUUGUAGACGUUGGAUGGUCUAGUCCGCGGGGCGAGAAGUUGACCGUGGUAACGGAGAAAGGAACUGUUCAUUUCUAUGACUUACCCAGUGGAGCCUAUCAAUGGCCGCCUCCGAGAAAGCCCCCGCCAUCUUCCAGUGCGGUCACAACCGGAGGUAGUGGUGGUGCGGCAGGUGCAGCAGUUUCGGGAGCGGUGAACCUGUUAAGCAGUUCUACACAGCCAUUACUUUCAGCUGCUAGACGAAGAAGAAGCGGAGGAAGCUCUGGAUCCCCAAGUGGAGGGAUAUUUGUCAAUGGUGGUGCUGGUAACCCUGCCAAACGUGGCGGCCAAAGUAAUAGCAACAGCGGCUCUCCCAAUGAUAAUAGUGGAAUUCGUGUUUCUCUUCCCCAGGGGUUUGGCGCUGUUACUGCUGGUUGCGUCCGCUUUCUUGUUGGGAAAGAACGAGGUUACGUGGCUAUGAAUGGUGGGGGGGUAUUACGAAUCUAUGAGGUUAAACCUGGCGGUGGUGGGAGCAAAAAACGUCAAAACGGUGGCGGUGUAGUCAUGAACAAUUAUCUCGAAUAUGAGCUUCCGCUCCUCCCUGAUGGAUCUCAGCAGCAGCAACAACUCUCAAUAGAAGGCGAGGAAAAACAAGCUGGUGGCUACUGGAGUGGACGUUACUACCACCACCGCAGCGAGGAACAGACAAAAUACGACCAACAUCCACUCUCAUUUGCCGAGAUUGAAACAAACGCUGUCUUCCCCCCUUUCCACACAGACCGGCAUGUACGUCUAUUCGUCUAUACGGAUAAUGGAAGCAGUAAUCAGCUUCCACAACAGCACCCACAGCGAGGUAAUGACUGGCAGCAUGACGAAACAAGACAAGAUACUCAGCACAAACGCCGUGGUAAACGCGGCGCAGCUACGCCUGCCGCUCUUUCACCGCCUGUGUCUCGCCCAGAGUCACCAACGCCAGAGAAAAGGAAGAAAUCAGCGGACCAGUGGGUUUUCGGCUUGCCAUUACCAGCAGAGAAGUUGAACAUUGGAUCUGCUCGCGGAGAGGUAGAAUUUGCUGGCGAUGAAGGCGGUCUUGCGGAGGCUAUGGCUAGCCAUUUGAAGCUGGAAGGCACUGGGAUGAACGGGAAGAAGAAGAUUGUUGGGAAGAAAGGGCGGCGUGUGAAAGGGGGCGCAUUCGGAACCGAAAUAGGGAUGGAUGAGGGCUUUUUUGAAGACGAUUGUGAGGUUCUUGAGUAUACAGGGAACUGA